AUGUCCGAAGGGCCAACCUCCCGCCCCCCCCCAAUCCCCCCGUCUCCUUCCGUACCAACCCACAACUCCCCCCGCGUCUGGUUCCUGACCUCCUGCCUCUCCCCCCUCUCCGUGCGCCUCAUCCGCCUCCUCCUCGCCCACGGCGACUAUGUCGCCGCCGGCCUCCCCCCAACCGAACUCUCCGACCCCGCCCGCUCAGCCGCCUUCCGCGCCUUGAUCAACGAAUGCAAGUCCCCCCGGCGCACGACGCAAGGCUGGGCCCACCGCAUCCGCGGCAUCAAAUGUGAUGGGCGGUUUGUCUCGAGCGCGCAGGCCGCGUUGGCGGAGGCUGUUGAGACGUUUGGGCGCGUUGAUAUUCUGCUUUGUAACUCGAGCGAGGCGGUGGUGGGGUCGGUAGAGGAGCUGGGGGCGAGCGAUGCGACGAGAGAUUUGUGUAGGAGGCAGUUUGAGACUGUGUUCUUUGCGCAUGUCAAUUUUGUUAAGGCUGCGCUGCCGAUGAUGAGGGCGAAGCGGAAUGGACAUGUGCUGGUCCUGACGGGGGUGGGGGGGCAUAUCGCGACGCCGGGAAUGGCGUUGCAUUCCGCGGCGCAGUGGGCGCUGGAGGGCUUUUGCGAUUCCGUGACGUACGAAGUCGCGCCGUUUAACAUCAAGGUCACGAUUGUGCAGCCGAAUAUGGAGGUUGGGGUGCUGAGUAACAAGGUGGUAUUCGCGCCGCAGCUGCCGCAGUAUGAUAGUGGGCAGAAUCCGGCGCCGGGGCCGAGGGAUAUCCUGUGUAAUGUCGUCGGGUAUCACCCGGAGGAGGAGCUGGAUGAGAGUGGGGAGCGGAGGGAGGAGGGGAUUCAGAGUCGGUAUCCGGAGUUGUCGACGGAGUCGGCGGAUCGGUUGGUGCUGGAGACGGUACAUGCGUUGACGGCGAUUGGGGGGCAUGAGAACCCGCCCGCGAGGCAUAUCGUGGGGAAUGAGGGGGUGCAGAAUGUGAAGGAUAAGUUGAAGACUGUGAGUGAGGAGCUGGAGGAUUUUAUUGAGGCGAGUUUGAGUGCUGAUGGGGCGUAUGAGCGGACUGAAGCCCCGAGAGGGGAGAGUGUUGAAAAGGCGUCAUAG